AAGAAAGUAGUUGCAGGAUCACAUUAGCACUGACGGCCAUGCUGUCUGCAUCGUUUCCCGUUGUCGUCUGCAGGAUCGCCAUCGCCGUGCUCAUAGUUUCUACCCUGUCAUCCUAUGCGGAGGCGAGGUACGACUGCUACGCCCCGUGCAAGGACUGCCCGAACUGCAGCAGCUGGUGCAAGGGGAAAGGGUACCCCAAGGGCGGGCGGUGCCACCCGAAGGACGGCGGCGGCGACAUCGUGUUCUGCUGCUGCGACAGGGCAGACGUUAGGAAGCUGCUAGUUUCAGCAGAUGCGAAUGCGAUUCUCUGAUGGACUGGCAAACAAAUAAACGGGGCUGGACGCAUUGAGAAUAAAAUCCACGGCAUGCUGCUCAGUUUAGCAACGCAUGGCGUACUGUUAACGAGCUGGCUUUUGUGGGUUUAUCACAUGACGAAACAGCAAACCACCAAGCGUGCCUGUCACCUUUCUUUA